CUGCGGAAUCCACAGAGAGGCGAAAGUUUCUGCAGCGGGAAGGUUUUUACAGCUGAUGGAGGAUUUAAUGACGCGUUUCAGCCAUUUCCCUCCACUGUGACCCAGCUGCUGCUCCUCCAGAGGAACUGGUGUCAAACUGGUAUCAAACUGGUCUGCAGACUGGGAAAGCUGGACCCAGAACUGCCUGGAAAAGUUUUCCGAGCUCGCGCUGAUUGUACAUCCUGUGAGACACUUAUGAUGAUGUCACUGACACCCGUAUGACCAAAUAAGGAAAGGGACACAUGAAACUCGGCUUUGAUGCGGACCGUCUUCAGACCGGUGAGCAGCGUUUCAAAUUGGACCGACUGGUUCCGACCCACCGCCCGCCUCCAGCCCGCGGCUUCAGCUCCUUUCUGGGGCCACAGAGCGAACGGCUCCGCCCUGAGAAGCUGCUCCGGUUCUAACCGGAACCAGAACCCAGGCAGCCGGACCCCGGAGGACCCGGAGGACUGAGGGGCCCCGGAGGGACCCGGUUCCUGAAAGUUGGGCAGAAAAACAUGAGCUGCAAAACGGAGCGAUAAAAGCGGCGGUGUUCGUGUCUGUUCGGCUUCACUUCGGCUUUCUAGGUGGGACCCGGAGACCCGGACCCGGAACACUCCCCAGAACUCGGAACCAGGAUCCCAGCUGAGAAAUGAGCGGAGAAGAGGAGAGACUGAAGCUGGUGGUGGUGGGAGGAGGAGGGGUGGGGAAGAGCGCGCUGACCAUCCAGUUCAUCCAGUCCUACUUUGUGUCAGACUACGACCCCACCAUUGAAGACUCCUACACCAAGGUCUGCACCGUGGACGGGAAGGAGACCCGGCUGGACAGUAAGGAAGCACCACAUCACACAGCAGGUUCUGGGUCUGAGGCGUCCCUGCUCCUCGUUUGGACUCAAAGCAGGAGGGGCUUUUUGUUUGUCUUCGCUGUGAAUCCAGCUGCCUGUUUUCAUGAGGUCCAGAAGUUCCACACCCAGAUCCUGAGAGUGAAGGACCGAGAUGACUUCCCCAUGGUGCUGGUUGGAAACAAAGCGGACUUGGAGCAGCAGAGAGUGAUCUCCAGGGAGGACGCUCAGGCGUUUGCCAGAGAAAACAGGAUCCACUACAUGGAGGCUUCUGCUAAGAAUCGCUACAACGUGGAUGAAGCUUUCAUGGAGCUGGUGCAGAUCAUCAGACGCUUCCACGAGAUGGAGAGUCCUCCUCCUCCAACCAACCAACAAGGGAAACCUGGCGGCCGUGGCUGUCCCUGUGUCAUCCUGUAGGCGCCGUUACCAUGGAAACCAAGCUCUCAUCCUGCUUGUGCAUUGAAGGGUGUGGGUGUUUGUGUCAGAAGGAGUGACAGCCAGGGGUACCAACAAGCCUUCCAGAACAUUUUCCGUAGCUUUCCUUCAUUUAGCCUCGCUGUUAUUCUGAGGGGAGACUGAUAGCAGCCUCCCUUCAUCAGAGCUCCACCAAUCUGACGGACCGCUAUGCUGAAGCUCAUGAACAAUUCAUCCCCAGAUUCUGGAUGUGCAGAAAUGAUGAAUGAGUCAGAGCAUUUAUCAGGCUGCUGUCAUGUGGCUGAUCUUUUUCUUCCAGAAGGGGGCAGCAGUGGGCAGCUCCAGUUUGUGCUUUCUUAUAGAUAGAUAGAUGUAUUUCAAUCAUCCCAAAGGGAAACUCUGCACUGAGCAACUGAAGGCAGCCUGUUCCUUCAGCCGCCAGCUUCCAUCUUAAGCUGUGCCUGGGGUCUGUGGGUUAUCUCAGCGGGGGCUUUGGUGAUGCACCUGCGUCUCGUUCGGUACAAUGCUUUGGUGAAAAAAGGUUAAACUUCAGCUGGAAGCAGCAGGAGUCUUUCUUUAAUUGUUCUUUUUAAGGCACCUUUAGACUCUAGGAGCUUCCUCUAUUUCUGCAUCGUCUCUGCCAGAAAAAAGGCAGAGCAACAGGUAGUAGGCUACUAACCCCAGAUGGGGAGUAUUUUAGAGUCUAGCCUGAACCUUUAGGCUGAAGUGGAAGGAAGGAUUCCUUGGACCUUGUGUUAAAAAAAACACAUUAUCCCCUUGAUGUUGCAGCCAUUCCGCAGUUGCCAAUAUUUUCUGUUAGCUUGAAUAAGUUU